UAAACAAUGUUUAACAUAUGUAGAAUUUAGAAUUUUUAUUUUAAUCGGAAAACUUGUUACUAGCCAAAAUUUCAGUGUUCUCCAAUUUUUUUAAAAUUUUCUGUCGUUACUUUUGAACAAAGCUAAAUUGUUUAAAUUGCGUUUGUAAAUAGUUUGUAAAAUAAUGAUUAACGGUGUAAUGUAUCUCGUGUCGAAAGCGACAACUGCGAAGCCGAUUAAGAUCCUCCCUGUGAACCGUGUGAUAGAAAGCAGGAUGGCGUUGAAGCUAGACGACCUCAUCGGUAAAAAGAAGGAGGCGGCCCAGAUCCUGGAUCUCUCCAAGGCGACCGCCAACAACAGCGAAGAAUUCAAAAGAAUAAUGGAAAAAGUGCCAGAAUUCAGGAUAAAACCGGAAAAGUUGAAACCUGAAGACAUCAAAUCCUUUGAAAGGGAGAGCCGGGGUAGGAGAAGAAAACCGAAAAAAGCCGAAGAACCGGCCAGCUACCAGUUCGCAGAUCCUGUCCCUGAAGAAAUGCGCUCAGUGAAACUAAGCGACUUGUGUCCUGUCAACAUCCAAUGGAACAUGCUUACGACGCUCAGACCUAAAAGCAAAACCGACAACGAAUAUUUCUCAAGACCCAAAAAAGACAAAACAAGAGGCAAGGCCUCUGCAAUGAAUCUUGAAUGCUUCACAAGACGUUUGUUCAAUGAGCGCAGGCUCGUCGAACUAGGAAAGCUGGUUUUGGCCACCCAGGAAAAAGAGAAAAAGAUCACGGACGAAAGCUUCAAAAGAAAGAUGAAGAACAGGUCUGGCGUCGUUGAAACGAGGUACAUCUCUUGCGCGGAAUGUGGAGAGGAUUUCUGCCAAAAAGAAUCCUGCACUUUGUUCACAUACGAAAACUUCAGAAG